AUGGCCAAUUUUGAACAUAAUGUGAUGGUUGCUUUGUAUUGGGGUGGCGAAAUAAUUACUGAAAUGAACGGAUUCAGGUACACUGAAGGUGCCAAAAUGAUUGUCAGCAUGUUUAUUUCAACGAACUAUGCUGAAUUGGUUGAACUAUUGCAUGAGAAGAUGGGGACAAAUAGUGAAAAUAUUCAAAUUGAUAUUUCUGGAAAAUAUCCAUGCUCAUUUCAAGGUCCUAGCAUGCAUGGUCAUCGAUCAUUUGAUGAAGGCUCAAGUAGUCAAAGACGUACUAGUAGUAGCCACGGAGAAUAUGAGGCCAGAGAAGCUGAGGCUAGCAUUGAUAUGUAUAAUGAUGUAAAUGCUGAAAUUAGCUCUGAAAAUUCAGAGGAUGACGACCCUUCAAGAGAGGAUGAAGAGAGUGAAAGAGAAAGUGAACCUGAUGAAUAUAUCGAUGAUAGUGGAGAUUUACUUCAAAAUAAUAUUGGUGUAAAUCCUCAUAAUCAAUUUGGUCAUGGUGUGUCCGAAAUUCCAUGUCAUGAUAUACCCUACUUUACGACAUUGGAGAACGAGGAAGAUAUUUUUAUUUCUACACGAGAAUCUGAGACGGGAUGUUAUUCAGCUUGGUCCGAGGAUGCCAACAAAGACUUGGAAAAGAAUAUGUAUUUUAGCAGCAAAGCAAAAUUGAAACGGGCCGUGAUGAUUUGGAGUUUGCGCAAAAAUAAAGAGUUCGAGGUGGUAACGUCAAACAAAAGUCUAUGGGUUGUGAGAUCCAGGUUUUAUAAUUUAUUAGGUUGUCUAUGGUUUCUUCGAGGACGGAAGGUUGGAAAUAACCUUUGGAAGAUAGGAAAGUAUGUUGAUAAUCAUAGAUGUGAGACUGAAGGGCUUAUGACAGGUCAUGUCAACCUAGAUACCAAUUUGAUUGCAUCUUUAUUUCUAAACCAAAUUCGAAAAAAUCCCAAAUUAUUAGUAGUAGAUGUCAUGGCUAGGGUUCACGAGAAAUUUGGUCAUCAAGUGACAUACAGGAAAGCGUGGCUUGGACGUCAACGCGCAUUUGAAUUGGUGUACGGUGACUUUAAAAAAUCAUUUAGUGAGCUUCCUAAAUUUUUUGCAGCUUUUCAACACUUUAAUCAUGGAACUGUUGUAGAAUGGAAACACGAAGAGUCUACGAGUUCAUCAGAGGUAAAAACUUUCAAGUUUGUAUUUUGGGCUUUCAAGCCAUGCAUUGAUGGAUUCCAAACGUGUCGCCCUGUUAUUUCAGUAGAUGGAACUCAUAUGUAUGGCAAAUAUGAUAUCAAAUUAUUAAUUGCUGUUGCAAUUGACGGAAAUGAUAACAUUCUUCCUCUAGCAUUUGCUAUUGUUGACAGGGAGUCGAAAGAGGCAUGGAAAUGGUUUUUUAGGAAUUUGAGCGCACAUGUGAUAAAGGAUAGAGAAGAUAUAUGUGUGAUCUCUGAUAGGGCAAAAGGAAUUUUGGCUAGUUUAUUGGAGUUGCGGCGGUAUCAAGAGCCUCGGGCCUUCCAUCGAUUUUGCCUAAGGCAUCUUAAGAGCAACUUUCAAUCUCGAUAUCCAAACAAGGACCUCAGUAAACUAAUGUGGAGGGCUGCUUCUGCCCAUCAAAUAAGAAAGUUUGAAGCCUUGAUGUGGGAAAUUAAGGAAGAAAAUGUUGAAGCAUAUCAAUACCUCAUGGAAAUUCCCCUGGACAAAUGGACAGUUAGCCAUGAUGAUGGAAAAAGAUGGGGAGUGUUGACAACAAAUCUUUCAGAGUCGUUCAAUGGAGUCCUGAAGAAAGCACGAGGCUUGCCUGUCACUGCCAUGGUUAAACUGUCAUUGGGGCAAACUGUUGAACGGUAUACUCGUAGGUCUCAAACAGCGCAACAACUUUUGGAGCAAAAUGAACUAUGGACGGGGAGGUUCAAAAUGAAGUGGGAAAAUAACUAUGAAAGUUCAAAAAGGCACUUUGUUUAUGAUUGGAAUAUACCCACAGGGGUAUAUGAGGUUAGAUCUAUGCAGGUUGAUGGUACUGGUGGUAAUCCUCACCGUGUUUCACUGAAUGAAAAAAAAUGUGAUUGUGGAAAAUGGGCUAAUUUGCAGUUUCCAUGUUCACAUGCCAUGAAGGUUACUGAAAGAAUGGGAGGAUUAACUAGAAAUUUUGUCAGCGAGCAUUUCACAAUAGAGAAUUAUGCUACAACAUAUUCUGGGUCAUUCUCGCCAGUUGGGCACGAGGCGUAUUGGCCAUUUCCAAGUUUUAGAAUGACAAGUAAUGAACUCUAUCGCCGUCCCAAUCGACCAAGGACAACUAGAAUUCCUAAUGAGAUGGAUCGUGGUCCUGCAGUAUAUGGGCGAUCUUGCGGGUUGUGUAGGCAAACUGGACAUGAUAGGCGUCAAUGUCCAACUCGUAGUCAAACUUAG